CCGGCCUGCCCCGCGACGCGCCGGCGGCUGGCGCAGCCCUUCGCUCGCCCGGCCUCCCCCUCCCUGGUUCGGCGCUCGGGUUCCGCCAUGGAAUCCAACAAGGAUGAAGCCGAGCGUUGUAUCAGCAUCGCCCUCAAGGCCAUCCAAAGCAACCAGCCCGAGCGGGCGCUGCGCUUCUUAGACAAGGCACAGCGGCUGUACCCGACGCCACGAGUCAGCGCUCUGAUCGAGUCCCUCAACCAGAAACCACAGUCUGCCGGUGAUCAACCUCAACCCACAGACACAGCCCACACCACCCACAAGAAGGCAGGCGGGACUGAAACCCCCUCAGCCAACGGCGAGGCAGGAGGAGGAGAGAGCACCAAAGGCUAUACCUCAGAGCAGGUGGCAGCUGUGAAAAGGGUCAAGCAGUGUAAAGAUUACUAUGAGAUCCUAGGGGUGAGCAGAAGUGCCUCCGAUGAGGACCUGAAGAAAGCCUACCGCAAGCUGGCCCUCAAGUUCCAUCCAGAUAAGAACCGUGCACCCGGUGCCACCGAAGCUUUCAAAGCCAUCGGCACAGCAUAUGCGGUUCUCAGCAACCCAGAGAAAAGGAAGCAAUAUGACCAGUUUGGUGAUGACAAGAGCCAGGCUGCCCGGCAUGGCCACAGCCAUGGGGACUUCCACCGAGGCUUUGAGGCCGACAUCUCCCCUGAAGACCUCUUUAACAUGUUCUUUGGUGGUGGCUUUCCUUCCAGUAACGUCCACGUCUACAGCAAUGGCCGAAUGCGGUACACCUACCAGCAAAGGCAGGACCGCAGGGAGAACCAGGGCGAUGGCGGGCUAGGAGUGUUUGUCCAGCUGAUGCCCAUCCUCAUCCUCAUCCUCGUGUCAGCACUCAGCCAGCUCAUGGUGUCCAGUCCACCGUACAGUCUGAGCCUGAGACCGUCGGUGGGCCAUAUCCACAAGCGAGUCACUGACCACCUGGGCGUCGUGUACUACGUGUCCGACACCUUCUCUGAAGAGUACACGGGCUCCAGCCUCAAAACAGUUGAGCGGAAUGUGGAAGACGAUUAUAUCGCCAACCUCCGGAACAACUGCUGGAAAGAAAAGCAACAGAAAGAAGGCUUGCUGUACCGGGCCCGAUACUUUGGUGACACAGACAUGUACCACAGAGCACAGAAGAUGGGCACCCCGAGCUGCAGUCGGCUGUCAGAGGUGCAGGCCUCCCUGCAUGGAUAGUUCUGGGCCAGCCACACCACCCAGGUCCAAACUAUGAAAUCCCUGGAGAAUUUUUGGUGACACACACUGAGCCAACCAAGGUGAUGGACUGUAUAUUUAAGGAAAGACAUACACAGAAAACAUUUAAAUGGAACUGGAGGCCGAACAUGGCACAACCGCCCUCUCUCAGCCAGCGAGUGCAGAAAGCUCUUAGGACAGACAGAAAGCCUGCUACGGGGCUGCUUCCUCCCCUCCCAGGGCUGGCAAGAAGCUCCACAUCACUGGCUCCUAGGAUACCGAAACCAUGGCAACGAAAGUAGAAUGUAAAACUUGCAGCAAAUGCCUAUGGGGAAGGACUGGGGGAGGGGACACCCCACUGUCUCUCCUCUUGCUCCCAAGAGCCACCACUAGUCACCUCACUGGAAAGCCAGGCAGAGGCAGGCUUUGGGCCAAGGAACAGAGAGGAGAGAAUUCCGGAGAACAUAACUUAGAAAUGCAUACGUAUGUAUAUAUAUCUAUUUAUAUGUAAAUAGACAUAUAUAAAGAUAUAUAUAUAAAGUCUUUUUAAACUAUGCAGGGAUUGGGUUAAGAUUUUCAGCUGAUUUCUUCCAUAUUUUAGAAAAUGAGGCCUGUUUGGGAAGGCAGCCUGGUUUUCAAAAGCUAACAGAAAGUCAAGUCAAAUGCUCUUAGCAUCACCCUUAGCCCCAGCCUGACUUAGAUGGCAGCAGUAAUCAUGGUGGUAUAAAUCCAUAGAAAACUUUGAGAGGUCUCCAGGCUUAUGGCUAAGGCAGGGGGAGCAAGCUGGAGAUAGCUGGUCAGUACUGGGCCACAGUAGAGUCCCCACCCAGAGCCUACUGGGAUGAGCCCAGCUCCUCAAGCUGUUUCCUCCCUGGCCAGCCUCAGGUGGGCUCUCUGCCCUAGUGCCCAGGAACCCUGCAGCCAGUUCCCCACCCAAGUCCCCAGGUGGGUUUGCCUUACAGGUGCCACAGGGCACAGCUCCACCAUUGCCAACAGGUUUUCUCUAAGUUGUGCACCAAGGACUCCAGAAGGCUCUUCCUCCAGAAGUUGCCCCAGGACCUGAGUGCAGACGAGCUUGUGAAGAGGAGCCAGUGCUAUGGGCGCCUGUCUUCGCUUCCACAGUGGACUCCACCAGGCUGCUUCCGUUCAUUGGAUGCGCAGUCCACCAGAACCAGAAUGGCAUUCCCCUUCAGAUGAGGAUUCUUCUCAAAACAGCCACUGCUGCCAGGGGAACGAGGGAGGUGUGACCUCCCACAGUUAUAAUGGGCCUUUGGGAAUUGCCAUUUCUCCUAGUUUUCCUAUGGUGGGGG